UUUCGAUUUCGGUUUUUGUUUUUUGUUGUAGCUGCAGAGUUGAAGUUAAAGUUAAAGUUAAGUUGUGCUGCUGGCCCGUUUCUAUUCUGGGGCCGCGCGCGUAUACCAACUGCUGACGCUGCGCGCAAAGGCGGGCAACAGCGACCGGGGGACGGUUCCCAUUUUGGAUGCAAAAUAGUGCACCGAGUGCCACCGACGACGACGACGGGGACGGUGAGGGUGACCAGAGCCAGGGACAGGGACAGGGACAGCAGUGUAGGGGACGGGACCAUGGAUGACAGCAGCAGUGGGCGUACAUCGCUGGGGGACAACGCCAGUUUGACGAACAACUCGCUGAACAGCGGCACCUCCAGCCAGAGCAUCCAUCAGGACGAUGGCUUCAUUCACGUCUACAACUACAAGAGCAAAGAGCUCGAUCGCUUCUCGCCGCUCAUGCUCUGCGAGGAGAUCUGCACGGCCAUGUGCCGCAAACUGGAAAUCCUGCCCACGGCCCAGCUACUCUUCGGCAUUCGGGAGCAUCUCGGCACGCGUCGCUCGUCGCGGGCCCAGCUGCUCAGCUACGGGCACAGUUGGGUGCUGCCGGGCGAGAAGCUGAGCUGCCAUGUCCGGUACUGCUUUCGCAUGCGUUUCCGUGUGCCCGAGCUGGACAGCCAGCUGGACAGGAUUGAUGCGCACGGUCACGAGUAUCUCUACUGGCAGAUGCGCUUCGAUAAUCUGCACGAGCACAUCGCCGAGAUCCGGUAUCCGGAGCACAAGGAAAAGGUGACGGGGCUGGCCGUCAUGGACAUGCUGAUCGACCUGAAGGAGCAGCAAUUGUCGGCCCGCGCCAUCGAGGGUGCGGUGCGGCAGUACCUGCCAAAGAGUCUGUGGAAUGCGCACUUCUUUUUCGUGGGUCCCAAGAUCUGCGAGUAUUUCCGCAAGCUCAGCGAAAACUCCAGCAGUACGCCGGCACAGCUGAAGUGGCACUACAUCCAUCAGAUCUGCCACCUGGCCCCCACCUACAUGACCGAACAGUUUACGGCCGUAGUCGAACAUUUGCCCAACGAGGAUCCACCCAGUGGCAUGGGCGGCACCGGCAUGAUCGCUGGCGGCAGCAAUAGUGGUGCCAGCAUGGCCAGCUCCACCUGCACAGCCACCACCACACUGACCGCCGGCUGCAGUUCCAGCACCAACACACUCUCCACCUUGGCCACCAACAACAACGUUCAUACGGCCAGGAGCAACGGAAAGCGCAGCAAAUCGCGCGGUGGCCAAAGCUCCGGCAUUGCUGUCUAUGUGCGAUUGUGGCCACACGAUUCACCCGAACCGGGAUUAAAGGUGGCGCGUGUCACAUCAGAGGCCACGCUUAAGUGGAUUCUGGUGGGCGGCGUUGAAGGUAUAUUUAUGAUCUCAAAAAUCAAUGAUACCGAUGUACGUCUGGAAAUUGUCGGCCUGCCCAAAGGCUAUGUGAUGCAUUUUCAUACCGAAAAGGAAAUGAAAUCGUUCAUCUCUUAUUUGGGUAUCUACAUAAGAUUGACUGUUAAAUGGAUGCAGGAUCUGUGCCAUACGUAUCGCACACCAUCGCUGGAGGAGCUGGGCAAUCUGUGCUGCCAUGGCCCCAUUGGUGGCAAUUAUUCGCUGAUGAAACUGCACGAGAAUGGCGACAAGUGUGGCAACUAUAUCGUGCGGCAAUGUGAUCGAGAGUACAAUACCUACUACAUUGACAUCAACACGAGAAUCACGGGCCGUAACACCGACCAUGAACGCUGCAAAACGGAAACCUUGAAGAUUCUGCGCAAGGACGGACAGUGGGUGCUCUACUACAAUGAGGGCCAGCACACGUUUCUCGAUCUGCUGGAGCUGGCCCAGUUUAUACCGGCCAACGGUCCGGACCGCUUGCGUGUGCCCGCCUCCAAGUACGACAAGCCGCCGCUGUUGCUGUUGUGCUUGCCAAAAAAUCUGAAAGCCAAAAAGACUGACAUGGAGCUGAACGAAGCGGAGCUGCUGAGCCGCAAUCCGCAGAUCUUCAAUCCCAAAACGGAUCUGCAAUGGUAUCCAGACUCGAUAACGCUCAGCGAGGAUGGCAUGAUGUUCACAAUGCGCGGCGAUUGGAUACAGCAGAGUCUGGUGAAGGAUGUCUCCGUGACCAUGAAGAUGCUGAAGAACGAUGGCAAUUUCAUGGAGUUUUUCAAACUAGCCCAAUCGUGGAGCCUGAUCCAGUCGCCGCAGUUCAUCAAGCUGUACGGCCUAACACUCUCCGAUCCAUACACCAUGGUGAUGGAAUACUCACGGUAUGGGCCACUCAACAAGUUCCUGCUGGAGAAGCGCGAUGCGGUGACGCUCCACUGUCUGCUCGAUCUGAUGCAUGGCCUGGUGCGUGGCAUACACUAUCUGGAGGAUAACAAAAUCAUACACAGCUAUAUACGCUGCAGUAAUUUGUAUGUGACCAAAUUUGAUCCAGAGAGUUCCAGGCUCGAUGCCAAGAUCAGUGAUCCCGGCUAUCCGCGACCCUACAAAGAAUCUGAUUCGCCCUGGAUACCCGUCAAAUACUACAAGAAUCUGCAGGCGGCCAAACAGGAUCUGGGCACACAACUGUGGGCUUUUGCCACCACCAUCUAUGAGAUAUUCUCGCGCUGCAAGCGCGAUCUGCGAACGGUUAGGCAGGAGGAGCUGCUACAAAAUCGCCGCAACGACUGCAACAUUUUGCCAUCACUCGAAGCGGAUCUGUGCCCCAAGCAAAUAUGCGAAACCAUUAUGGAUGGUUGGAGCGAUAAUGCGGAGAAGCGUUUCAGCCAUCACGAUAUCUUUUCGCGUCUCAAUUCCAUUAAAUUGGAUACACAGCACAACUAUGCGGCGGUGCCUGAAUCCAUACCAAAUGGUGCAGAUGUGCCAAAUUACAAUCAUGAUUGUGUGCAUGUGUUGGAUGUACAGAAUAUGCCGCAGGUCCUGAUGCUAAGUGACUGUCGUGUGAUUUAUAGUCCACAGAAUAUUAUUGGCAAGGGCCACUAUGGCAUCGUUUUCAGGGGCACCAUCGACUAUGAUGACCGGAGCCGUCCGUCCGAGAAUGUGGCCAUCAAGAAGCUAAACACCAUGCAGGUAACGGCGGACUUUCAGCGUGAGAUUGUCAUCAUGCGCAAUCUGGAGCAUCUGAAUGUUGUUAAAUUCAAAUAUUGGGACAACAACACAUAUAGCAUCAUAAUGGAGUAUCUGGACAGCUCCUUUGAUGUCUAUCUACGCUAUAAAGCACCCGAUUUGAACACAAAUCGACUGCUACGCUUUGCCGUUCAGAUAGCCCAGGGCAUGAAUUACUUAUCCGAAAAGGGUCUGAUACAUCGGGAUUUGGCUGCACGCAAUAUACUGGUGGAUCGAAAGAGUCACAUCGAUUUGGACUUACUCAAGAUCUCGGACUUUGGUCUGGCACAGUUUGCCAACUCUGAGGGCUACUACAUUGGCAUUAGUGAACGGGAUAUACCCAUCAAAUGGUAUUCACCGGAGGCCAUCAAUUCGAAAUUCUCAUCGUAUUCGGAUGUCUGGAGCUAUGGCGUAACGCUCUAUGAGAUGUUCACACACGGCGAGGUGCCCAAUCUAACGCCGCCACAGCAUAACAAUGAUGAAUUCAUCUUCCGCCUUAACAAUGGUGAAAGAUUACGACAGCCGCCGGGCUGUACGGAUUUUGUAUACAACGAACUGAUGCUGGCCUGCUGGAAUACCAUUCCGCGUGCCCGGCCCACAUUUAGUCGAAUUAUAGAGAUUAUCAAUGCCGAAAUAGGUAAUAUUGCUGCGGGCACAAGUAAGGGCAGUGCAACAACGGCAUCCGAAACAUAAUCAAGAAGCACAUCGCACAUCACUGGGGGCGCAUGAUCUACAGCAGCAGCAGCAGCAGCAGCCACAGGAGCUGUUGAAUGAGAGUCGAAACCGAAAGUGUUCUGAACACUAAAUGUUUUAUAUGCUAAUCGAUAUAUUUAGAGAUCUAAAAGUUUUAUUAAGCUAUUAGCAUUUAAAUGUGUACGUUUUUAAAAACAACACAAAUCAAAGCCCCUCCACACACUUGACAAAGCCUCUGAAGGUUUUUUUAAAAUGUAAUUUUUAAAUGUUUAAUGUCGGAGCCCCCCGCCCCCCUCUGUCCAGUUUAUUCUACACAACUUUUAGGUUUUAUAACCGACACCGCCCCCCCUCAGAAUAUUACUAAACAAAUUCUCAAUACAUUGUGUUAUAUUUUAGCUAACUUUGUUAAAUAUUGUUAAGCUUGUGCGUCAUAAAAUAAUAAUAAUAAUAAUAAUAAUAGUAAUAUAUAUAUUAUAUUUUUUUUUAAUUAAUUGAAUAGUGUUUUAUUGACUAAAUGUAGGCUUGUACAUAAGUACCUAUGCUAUUCAAUUGAGUCUAAGCUUUAAACAUGUGCAAAUCCUAUACAUAAAUAAUAUUAUAAUAUAAUAAUAAUUUGAUAAUUGUGUAUGUUAUGCCUGUGUCGUCUGUGUGCUUGUGUCGUCUGUACUGUAGGUCUGUCCCACUAUUAAUGUACAGACUUUUAAUUGUUUUACACAAUAAUACGGAUGCGAAU